ACACUUUCCAGCCUUUGGGGUUCAGGAUCACGUAUAGUUCACGUUUACCAAAGACGUUUACCAUCAACGGUGGGAGUGAUGGGAUGACAUUCAUGAGUGAAAUACACCAAGUAAAAAGCUUUCGAUGCAUCGCGUAAAAUAUACCAGAUAAGAUAUCGUAUCGGAAGUAUGCGAUCCAGCCACAUGCUCAGUAGUGGAAAUGUCUUCGUAUACAUACAAAUCUUUUAUAUUCUGGCCCACCCAUUCGUCGCAGUUGUUCGCUGUAUGUUACCUGAGGCAAGUCAAGAGGGCUCGUUACAUCCAUUUCAGAACUAUGGGGAUUUGACAACUUUUCAUUACACCGUACCUAAAGAUGUGUUCAGAGCCACAUGGCAAUUCGCUGCCUUUUCGGAUGGUAAAAAUUGUGCACCUCGUAAGGUACACCUGUACUUGCAGCCAGGUGGUUACCCUGUAAUUUCUGUGAAUAAUGCUUCUCUACCUCCAAACAUGCAUCUGUACCGUAACGAUACCAUCUCUUGCACAUUAACAACAACCUUUGAGCCUAAGGUUUCUGCCACGAUACCAGUUUAUAGCCCAGUACCUGGAGAUUGGUUUGUAACUGCUUACCUGUCCCACUGGGAUCAAAAAGUCCAGCAACAGGGUCUUGGACAUAAAUGUCGAUACAGUUUGGGCUCAGUUGCAAUCUGGACACAAACCAACGGCAUUCAAGACAUACCCAUUGGCUCACAGACAACCUUGCACACCAAUGAACCAAUGUCCUAUUAUAAGAUCUAUAUACCUUCGAGUACAUGGCACUUUCGAGUCCACAUAUGGGGGUGUAAUUUCACUGUGCGAGCAUACCACGACAGGCAUUCAUCUUGUAUAAAAGGGCUGGCUUUGAAGGGUCGAGCAGUCCCAAUUUACAACCAGACUCACGGUAGCCCAAUCGGCAAUCUAACUAUGAGCGACAGCUAUACUUUCACAGUUCUGUCACCAUACCAAGAGAGCUACUACUACCUCCUGGUGAUCUCUGACAGUGUGAUAGACUUCAAUGUCAAAGUUAGCAUUUCCGAAUGUCCAAUAAGAGUACUUGAAAAGUCUUCCAUGCGGCAGUAUUUAGAUGCACCUUCAUUCUCCGAAGCACUGGCUCAAAUUCGAGCUAAAAAUAGAGACGCACGAUUAAAGUUAUCAAAAAAGCACUCUUUGACCAAUCAGAUGUUUUACAGUAAUUCCACAAUGAACUAUGACAGUAUGAGAUUGUCUAAGGACCAGUACAUCUUACCUGAUGAAGACGAAGCUAGAGAUGAUCCUUGCAUACCAAGGUUUCAGCUCGUUAGGGUAAAACACCCGCAACCGUUCUCAAGCAUCUACUUACUUCAGGGCAGAGAGUGGUUAACAUCAUGGGUUAUGCUCACAGAUUAUUAUCCAGUUGUUACACAAUUUGACAUUCUGCCGUUUGUUGACAUUGGAGGUACUUUACAUAUCGACGUUCGGCUAGAGAUGAAUGAGCAGCUUUCCAGACAAUUGGUCCUCGUCUUUGUCUGCGUCCGUAAAGGGAGAGUACCUGAUCGUGUGAAUGGUGAAAUAACGUGUGGCAAUCCGAACAUGUUUAUGAACCUAUCGUCUUUUGAUAAAAACAUGUCCUCGCUUUUGAUACCUUAUCCGCAAUCAGACACUUGGCACGUUGCCAUGCAAGCUAAAUGUUUUGACGAGGGGGUAAAAGUUCCUUGCGCAAUGGAGGAGAUUUUGGUAUCGAUAGACAUAAAAACUCGGCAGUGCGUUUUCCCUGGAAGUAACCCAUGCGGUCGCCACGGAGUUUGUCAGGAAACUCGCAGAGGGCUUUUGUACUAUACCUCGUGCAACUGCUUUGGAGGAUACAAAGGCUGGGGUUGUACAGACUCAACACAUGCAGAGCCAGAAGCAUUCAUGCUCUUAACGAUGCUCCUCCUCACUCUGAGUAAUGCUUUUUUUCUGCCAGCAAUUUGUUUAGCUGUUAGAAAUGGCCUGUACACCGAAGGAUUGGUUUAUCUAGCGACAAUGACAUUCUCCUCGCUCUACCAUGCAUGCGACCAACAAUUCAUGACUUAUUGUGUCGCUAAAUACGAGGUUCUUCAGUAUAGUGACUUCUUUUCGAGUAUCCUUGCUUUUUGGGUAACGCUCGUCGCUAUGGCUCAAUUGCCAUUAAGAUAUGUGUCCUUUUUCCACAUGAUCGGUGUCCUCAUUAUUGCGUUUUGCGUUGAAAGGGACAGAACAGGAUUGCCUAGUAUUUUGGUACCGCUCGCAAUGGGUACGACAAUUCCAAUUGGUGCUUUUGCUUACCGAUAUUAUAAGUUGAAGCAUUGGAAGUGGCCAAACGGUGUCGCCAAACUGGUGACUGGAUUAUUUCUAGCGACGAUUGGACUGCUGCUCUUCUCUUUAGUCGAGACUGAAGCCAAUUAUCAAUAUGUUCACAGUGUUUGGCAUGCAGUUAUAGCUUUGUCGUUGCUCUUUUUGCUGCCAAGUACCAAGUCAGAGUUACUGGAUCUGUCGAUCAAUGACACAAGCAGUUCGGACAGCGAAUUGUUAGAUUACAAGGAUUUGACACAGAGCCCUGUAUUCGUAAUAAAAGCUGACCAAGAGGGACUACUUGUGACCGAAAGUUGAGCAUCCACGAUGAAAACGGUAAAUUAACAUGAACCCCUGAAAUUGGAAGUGUUAGUGUGCCAAAAAUGUUCAGAUAAGCUCGGCUCAAUUUGAGAAAUUUAUAGUUUGAAUGCUACGAUGUAAAGGGAUUUGAAGCUACCUUGUUUCCUUCGAGUCACCCAGAUGAGAGAAUUUUAUUACACGUUAAUAAGUGGGUCUCGUCAGACAACUGUUGAGAUUCCACACUGACGAACGAUUUUUCAGGAUCUGUUAUAUCACUUUCGGUAUCGUAGUUCACGUGUAGCUAUCAAAAUAGUCAACACAUGUAUAUAUUCCUUUCAUUAUAACACAUUCAGUAAAAACGUUAAAGAGUUCAGCUCAAAAAUGGUGCAACAUUAAGCUUAUGUCUUACGAUAAUAUUUUUUCUAUGUCAGAUUGUUAUACACAUACGCAGUUACCUAUAAUUUACUAUUCCUAUGUCGACUGACACAUACUUAUUUUUCUCAGACUGCAUCCAAUCCAUGUCAUCCAUUUAUUAUUAACUCAACCCUAAGGUUGUUACGUUACAAUUAUUCGUAUUAGCAUAGUAUUAGUUCAGAGAAUCUUGAUUUCUUGGAAAGUGAGAAAACGAAUCGAUGAUACACUUACCAGUAAUAAUGCAUUAUUGUCCUUCCAAUAAUCGGUCGACUUCCCGUUUGAAAGAUAAUGGAUAAAUUUGGCUAUGGCAAUACGGAUGCAGUGGUGCUGUUGAUUAGUUCGCGAUUGAAAACUUAAUUCACUCAAACUGCGCUGUUUGAUUGAAGUAUGAUUCGAAGUUUCAUUAGUUGCGAUUUUUUAGCCAAGUUUUUUGAAAUCUCAAUUUGAUGAUAACGAUACAGGGUGAACUUUAGAAAAAGAAAACUACAGUUGGAACAAACAAAAGUAAUAGCUGACGUUUUUUAAUGCGUGUAUAGCUACAUGAAUACGUAUACAUAUAUAGAGGUAUAGAUAGAGAUUAUAAUCAUACAUCUCAUCAGAAAUUUAUAUUUUCAAAUGAAAUUUAUUUACGUAUCGGAUCAUUGAAAAAUCAAUGUGAUUGAACGAAUCACAAAUCUAAAUUUGCUAUUAAACGUAAUUCAAGUCACUAUACAUAUACUACACAUUACAUUUACAGCUACAAUGACUGACCAAUGCAUUUAUAAUGUAGUUGAUCUGCAACAAUUACCAUGACUUUAUAAAAGAUAAAUAUAUACUACUUAAUUUUAUCCUUAAGUUACUUUUUGUCUGAGGUAUGAGCAGUCAUUAAAAGUUAUUCAUAAAUUCGUGCUGAUUGUUAAAUUAACUUUACGAAACGCUGCAAGAAACUUAGCAAUAUUAUUUAGUCGGUAAUAUUUUUGUGCUUUUAUGGGACCGCUAGAAAUAACUGCAAAAAAAAAAUUUCAUAAUUCUUUCACGUUUCUCUGUUCCUGAAGCAGUAUUACGUCAGAUUUUAAUAGUAAUUGAAGUAUUACAAGCACGGGUUCAAUCAUCUCAGUUACCGGGACUGCAGGUGCCCCAAGUUUUACGAUCGAAUGAUAGAAAUUGGAGCUCUUUCUAGCUGUGUAACAUAAUAGAUAUUGAUACUUAAUAUAUUCUAUAUAUUAUGAUUAUUUUGAGUACAUUUUUUAAAUACUAAACUAUAAUUGAUAUUGAGUGUUAUAAUUUUGCUAGGCAAAAUGUUGGUUUCAAUAAAGAUAAGUGAAAUUUACCAACUGAUAUUGAGACGGAAUUGGGGAAACACCUAGAGAUCAACGAUAAAAAAUCGCUCGUUAUUUGCUCCAUUUAUACACACAUAGGUAUGUCAGCUCCUUACUCACUAGGUUGCAAUGGUGCCAUUAAUUAACGUGACGAGGAACAAUAUACAUAUACGUUAUUUCGUAAAUCAUGACAGUUAUGUAAAAACAAACGGCUGUCUUUUUUUAUUAUUAAAAAUAUAUAAUGAAAUUA